UUCCAUUUUUUAUAUGUAUUUUUAUUUUAAUUAAUAAAAUAUAUUUUAUCAAAUACCAAUUAUCAUUUUGAGGAUUAACGUUGAUGGUCUUGAUGUGUUAUUUCCAUAUGAAUACAUAUAUCCUGAACAAAUUUACCUUUUUAUUUAAUUAUCAAAGUUUUUUUACGUACAGGGUCAUUGCUUGUUGGAAAUGCCAUCAGGAACUGGAAAAACAGUUUCACUACUUUCUCUUGUUGUUUCUUACAUGGUCAAUUUUCCUGAUAGGCUGGAUAAAUUUAUUUAUUGCUCACGAACAAUUCCAGAAAUUGAGAAAUGCAUGGAAGAGAACAAAAAGAAGAUAAAGAGAUAAUAUGCAAAUUUUCAGAAUUCUCCAUCUUUUCUGGCAUUGGCUUUGUCGGCUAGGAAGAAUCUUUGUAUAAACGAUUCAGUUUCACUUUUUUGGUCAAUAUUUCUCUUAUAGUACCAAUUUUCUAGAUUGACCGCCAGUUUUGUGCGAGCAAAGCGGAUAAUUGAACCUGAUCUGCCUUGCUGUGAUUAUUUUGAGAAAUUUGAUGAAUACUGCUUAUUUAUAGCACUUUUCAUUUUUUUAUUGUAGUCAGAUUUGCGCGACUGGAGUAAAAAAAAAGGAAUCUGCUCCUAUUUUGUCGCUAGAAAUGCAGUCGAAAAGGCCGAUAUUGUCGUGUAUUCCUAUCAUUAUAUUUUGGAUCCAAAAAUCGCGGAAUUAGUUUCUAAAAAAUUUAGUAUCUUAAAAUUAUUUCUUUUAUUAUAAUGAUAAAUUUCAGAUAAUGUCUGCAUUGAAUCAAUGAGUGUAUCACUUACAAAAUCAACAUUGGAUAAGUAACUGAAGAUUUAACAUGAAGAAAAUAAAAAUCACUGAAGGAUGAAACAAGAAAACAAUGAACGUCUCAUAACAGAAUAUGACCGAUUGAUUGAAGGAUUGAAGAAAAUUUGAAUUUUUCUAAACUGAUUACGAAAUAUUGAAAUUUCAGUGAUACCUAACGAUAUUUUACAAGAAGUUGUUCCUGGUUCAGUUCGGACUGCUGAACAUUUUUUAUCGUUUUUACGACGCUUCUGUGAAUAUUUGCAAUAUCGUAUGCGAACUAAAACGGUGUUAAUUGAAAGUCCGGCUGCUUUCUUGAGAGUUUUUUGAAAUUUAUUUAAUUUCAUUUUCAAAAUGUUAAGGUUCUGUGCGGAACGAUUCGCUUCUCUUGCUCGUACUUUAGAAUUGGCAGACAUUUCAGAUUUCACUUCAUUAGUUCUCUGCUUUAUUAAUUGCAAAUUUUAGUUUAUUUAUAUUUUAGGAUUUACAGUUGUAAUCGAACCUCUUGACGAGAAAAGUGGAAUAGGGCAUAGUUGUACUAUACAUUUGAGUUGCAUGGAUGCAUCGAUUGCCAUUCGUCCGAAAGAUUAAUUGAUAGGACCUUGUUUGUUAUGUUUUCAGACUUUAUCUCCCCUCGAUAUGUAUCCAAAAAUUUUGGAUUUUGAUCCAGCAAUAAUGGCAAGUUUGUCAAUGACUUUAUCUAAAUUUUAUAUGCCAAUAUUCAAAUUUUUUCAAGGAAAUGACCAAGUGGCAAUGACUUCUCGUUUUGAAUCGAGGUCUGAUACAGCUGUCAUUCGUAAUUAUGGGAAUCUUGUUAUCGAAAUGGCGUCAAUUGUGCCCGACGGUAUCGUUGUCUUUUUCACUAGUUAAUUAUUGGAUAUUUCUCAUUUUUUUCAAUGUUUUUUUUAGCGAAUUAUUGAUGAGAUCCUGAAAUACAAAUUAGUAUUUAUCGAAACGACAGAUGCAUUAGAAACAAGUGUUGCACUAGAAAAAUACGUUGAAGCUUGUGACUGUGGUCAAUUUCAUUAUUCAAGAUCUAUUGAAAAUAGAAUUAAGGUGUCUGAAGGUAUCGAUUUUUCUCAUCAUCUGGGGCGUGCAGUUCUAAUGCUUGGUGUUCCUUACGUGUACACAGAAAGUAGAAUAUUACAUUUAUUGGUUAGAAUUUUCACUGAAGAUUUUCAUCAUAGGGAAAAUGAUUUUCUUACAUUCGAUGCAAUGAGGCAAGCGGCUCAAUGUAUGGGACGUGCAUUAAGAUUUCUAUUCAUUUAAAUGUAUUUUUAACUCUAUUUUUAGAGAUUCGCUCGUAAGGAUAAGAUGGGUAAAUUACCCAGAUGGAUUCAGCAGUACCUAGUUCCUGGCAGCAAAUUGCCUUAACGUUUAGUGCGAAAAAAGUUCAAGUUCAGAUGGCUUCCUGUAAUGGCACAACCAUUCACUAAGGAUCAUCAAUUGGGAAUCGCUUUAUUGAAUGAAGAUAUGUUGAAAGCCGAUCAACCUUU